AUGCCACCGCGCAAGGCGCCGUCCAAGGGCAAGGCCCCCGCUGUCAAGUCCACGUCAGAUCACACCCCAUCGGCCUCGAGGUCUCGACGGUCGAAAUUGGCAAAAGAGAACGACAUCACCGCAGCAGAAGAGACGGAGAUCAAAGAAGCAUGGAAUCUCUUCCGGCUCGACGAUGUCGAGGGCUACGAAGAUGAGAAAGACGGUGUCAUUCGGACGACCGAGGUGAGGAGUGUUCUCAAAGCCCAAGAACUCGCGCCAAGCAAUCAAUCGCAAAUGCGCGAGUUCGUCGAGAUUUUGGACCCCGAUUCCUCUGGCUAUGUAACAUAUCCGCAUUUCCUCGCCCUGUGCGCCAUCCAGCUGAAGUCGAAGACGGAUGAGACCAAGGCCCAAGAGGUCCAAGCCGCAUUCAACCUGUUCCAUCCGGGACAGGGUCACGAUCAAGUCAUUCGACUGCCGGAUUUGCGGGCGGUGGCCAAGACAUUGAAGGAAGAUGUCAGUGACGAUGUUCUGAAGGCGAUGAUACUCGAGGCGAAUGGCGGAAAGGGAGUGGGAAGGGGAGUGAAUCGGGAAGAGUUUCACGCCAUCAUGAUCCGGGCAGGUGUUUUUCAAUGA